UGUUGGCUUUCAUGUGACGCCCUUUGCGGGAUUUGCCAAUAGUGGAGCAGAAAGGUGCAACUAAGAUGGAAUCUCUCAUACUUAAUCGGUAUAGUCUAAUGGACCAGUAACACUUAUACGUAACUUACAUUAUCUAUGUAGUACCUACUCACCACAUUUACCUACAUAGGUACAUACACAAAGUGUGGGGUUCAUUAAUGCAUUGGUCGGCAUCGACGCAGCAUCAACGCAUUAUCGGAGACUUUCUAACCUUGUGUGCUUUUAUCAUCUUAUAUAACAUCUGAGGAGAGAAAGAUAAAUGGGCCUGCUUAUAAACUUAACUUCACUUCUUUAAUCCGUCUUCGAAUCUGACAAAACGUCGUCUUCUUAUAUCUCUUGGAAUUGUUGACUGUUGACUGUUGACUGGCUUAGACUACCUUUUUCAUUAUCGAUUUGUUUGCAAUGGCCAAUCAGGAGAUCGUGCUUUUCGACUUGCCCUCUCGGCCGCCGAACAAGUCGUGGUCGUAUAACCCAUGGAAGACUCGGCUCGUCUUGAACUACAAGAACCUUCCUUAUAAGACAGAAUGGGUUGAGUACCCGGAUAUCAAGGGCAAAUUCCAAGAUCACCUCCCGAAAGCGGAUGUCUACACCAUCCCCACCAUCAUCUUACCCGACGGGACCUGGGUGACCGACUCCUGGACGAUCGCCGAGACGCUCGAGAAGGAAUACCCCGAGCCCACUCUGCACCUGGACUCUCCCUACCUGUCCCAAGUCAAGCAGCUUCUCGCGGAGGUGCUAACGCCCCUGAAGGGCAUCUACGCGCCGAAAGUCCACGACGUGCUGCUGAACGACGCCAGCAAGGAGUACUUCCGCACGACGCGGGAGAAGGCCUUCGGCGCGACCCUGGAGGAGGUAGCGGAGAAGGAGGGCGGCGAGGAGGCGUGGAAAGCGGCUCAGCCUGCGCUGGAGAAAGCUACGGCCUUGCUGAAGGAGAACGGCGACGGGCCGUUCUUCGAGGGCAAGACCCUGGGAUUUGCCGACCUCGCGUGGGCUUCCCUACUUAUUUUCUUCCAGAGGAUGGGUGAUGAUGUCUACCAAGCCGCGCUGAAGCACAGCGGAGAUGCGUCGGUGCACGAGAAGCUGCUGGAGGCUGUGAAGCCCUGGUCCGAGAGAUCUGACCACUAGGUUAAAAGCACAUCGGCACUGGGAAUUCUUCAGUACCUAGCAGAAUGUACGAGUCUAUGAAUAUGUUAUGUGAAUCAGUAUAUCGAUAUACCUGCAAUAUACCAACCUUUAGCCAGAGAUCUACCCAUUGGGCCUCGUUGACUUAUAACCGUAGACAGCAGUAACUUGAAUGUUGGAAGGGUGGGAUGCCAACAAUCACUUGCCUACAUCUUUAGAACUGGGGAAUUGAAC